GGUGACGUCGAGCCCAGCCAAUUGUCUUCUUCCAUACGCGGAACCCCGGUUGAAGAGGGAAGUUCAGUUUGUUUUCAUCGAGUCACAAAUAGCUUUCCUUCUUCUCCGAAGUCAUAAAGAAUGAUUGGAUACAGUUGACUUCUGCUCCGUGGAGAUUUUAGUCUAAUGGCUAUACGUCUCAUUUACAGCUCCUCAGUAAAUUUUCAUUGACCAGCAGCCAAAUGUCUGAGCAGCAGGCACUGAGCCAGCCCCUGCAAACUGAAGAGCCAUUGCUGAAUGACCAGGAGAUGCAGUUCUGGCUGGACAAAGCAGUGGCAUGGGGCCAGGCUGACAGUCCGGACACGCAGAAAGACACCUGCCUACAUAUGAGCAGACUUAGGGAUUUCCUCCACCAGCUUCUUACACAAGUGAACAGCAUGAGCUCAACAACAGAAACCAUGAAGAGGUUGCCCUUCUUAGGCCAGCUUUUGGGUCGGCUGUGCUGGAAUCCUUAUGUCACCGUGUGUGAUACAAGCAGAGGGCUGCUGCUUGGGUGUCUUUGGGGACUGUACUCAGAGCGUCCAAGCAAUGCUGUGGAGAAAAAAGCCAACCAGUGGAUACGGGAGCUUCCAUUUACCGCAAAAGACCGGAAUAACGGGAAGAACAAAAAAACCUUUUCACCGCAACUCGGCCCAUCUGGGAGAACAGGGCAGAUGUAUGGUUUUAGGCCAGAGAUGGUCUGUCUCCGUGUCUCUCCCCGUAGAGACCACACAGUGCUGCACUACCAUGGCAUGAGCUUUGAGGAGAUGACAGAUAAGCAGAGCAUGAGAAAAGUAUUGUGUCAGCUUUCCACAGAAGAAGAUGAAACUGCAGCACAAGCGUUAAUGAAGUGUACGGGUGUACCAGCUAAAGAGUACCACCUUAAAGUCCUGAGAAAGAAGGUGGCGCUGCUGCAGGAAAACGUUGGACAAAGCUGCACAUUAUUUAACAGUCAGAGGUGUUCAUGUGACAGGAUUGUGGAUAUAUCAGAGGCAUGCAUCCCCAUUGUCACUUGUCCCGAGGCAUCUUCUCUCAUUAGUCUACUGCUACAGCGGCCGGUGGCUUGUGUCACAGAAGCUCUCAGUGAAGACUUUCUGAAUGCUUUGACCUCUGCUUACUCAAGGCAGGGUUUGGCAUUGGAGGAGCAGGCCUUGGUAUCUCUGUGGUAUCACAGCUUUUCCAGCCUGGAAGAAGCAGUCCUCAGUCUGUUGCAGUCUGUUAUAACUACAGGGUUAACACCACAGAAGCUAGAGCAACAAGUAGCACAGUCACUGCUGCCUAAAGCUUGUGCUCAGCACUGCUCAAUAUUCUUGGUUGUAAAUGACAUCUUUAGGUCCAUCCUUAAGCAAGCUGAAGGAAAUGAGUCUGUUAAGACUCUGGUCCAAACCUUUACCAAGUGUUUCCUGAGGGAACUGGCACUGCUGAAGCCUCAGACAAGCAUAUCUGUGAAAGCCUUCUUCCCACAGUCGCCUUCAAGUCUGCUGGUUCCCCUCUUGACGAUGCCAUCAGAGAUGCCUCAGGGGGCUUGGAGAAAUCACCUGAACUGGCUGAGCAGCUCAUUACAGAGACUGACAGAGGAGGAAGAGGAGGAAGAGGAGGGAGACGGCAGAAGCACCAGGGGGCACCACAACGUGUUUGAGGCCUGGUUCCUGCUGGUUCAGUGUGCCCACUGGGUACAGGUGGCUGUCCAGCUGCUGGUCACAUCUGGGACUGAAGAUGGUGAUCCCUUCCUGUGGCUGUUGAUAUUCUACCACUACCCCACCAAGAGGUGGCACCACAGAGCUUCACAGCUGGCACGGGCCAAAGAAGCUUGGAACCACAUACGCACUCUUUUCUCAGGCGCAGCUCAUCCUCUUCCCAGCGACCGCCUGCAGUCACUGGGCACGCUGGUUUCACCACAACCUGAGCAGCAAUCAUUUGCUCCAUCAUUGACUGUCAGCCUUUUGGUUAAUGUUGCCGUUUUCUGCCAGCUACCACCAAGUGGCUCAGCAGAGGUUUUACAGGCGGUGGUGGAUCAGUCUGGUCUGCUUGAUGAAGCAGCAUGUGUUCUCAGCUCACUGGAGCUCAGACUAAACGAAGGAUGCUGUUUAUCAAGAGACACAGUUCAUCUAAGGAUCAAGGAACUUCAAAAGAUGAUAACGCAAAUGCAUUCAGAGUGAGCAAUAGGCACACACGCACAAUUACAUACAAAAUUGUACAAAACCACGCAACUGUGCGCUCAUCCCUGGGCUUUUAGCUCGUUUGCAGAAUAACAAAUAGCCAUGCUCUCUUGUUGAUAUACCGUGGAGCGGUGACAGGACUGUGUCAAAACAACGGAGCCAGGUCACAGACAUACGCACACAACAAACAACUGCCGAGGCCCACAAGGACACUCUGCGUGACAGAUCACGCUGCAUAGCAGCAGCAGCUCGUACGACGUGUCAGAGUCCUCCCACUCUCAUAAUUGCCUCACAAUAUAAAUCCUUCAUGCUACACAUGCCGACUGUAAGACGUAGGUUUGUGGGGAGGAAAGCCAAAUGCCAGUUAUCGUCGUGUAAUUACUGUUUCUGGCUUGAAAAACAUGCUCCAACAGUGCUGAGUGUAUGAUAAAUGUAAAUGAUUAAUGUCACUCAUGCAGAUAUUUCUGUAUGUACUUGUACUGUAUGUAAAUAGCUUUAUUGUUUGUAAAGCUCAAGGUCUAGGUCACAUUUGAUUUAAAACUGGAAGCAAACGGUGCUUUUAGAUUACACUUACUGUUACUACUAGCUGACUGCUGGAGUUGGACAGAAUGUAAACAAAUACAUGUGCAUGUAUUUCUGCAAACUAUGCAUGUAUAGUUUGUAGAAGAAUUCAUUUUUAGCUUCUUUCAUUAUUCAGGAAAUAGUUUUUGUUGUAUGAUGCAUCAUUCAAAUGAAAAAUUAGUGAUUUCUGGAAUUUGUGCGCUUAAAAAUGUCAUUGAACCAUUAAGUAUUAGCAGAACAUUAGUGCUGCGCUGUUUUUUGUUAUUUUUAUGCUCUGGAUUUGUGAAACAAAAGAUAUACAUCCUCAUAUUAAUCAAUUAAAUGCACUUGUUAUGA